AUUUUUUGAAAUCUUUAAAUGCAAAUUGUCAGAGAAUCGCAUCGCAUUCUGCGAGAGAGAAGCUAACGAACACGUGAAGUUUAGAAAUGAGUAAGUUUUCAGCAGGACAAAGCCCUUUCACCACGUUGACUCCCCAUCUCUCUCUCUAAUUAGGGGUUUUCUUUCCACCAAUGCGCUUUGCUUCUUCCAUGAAAUUCCAGUGACACCCAAAUUUUGAAGGCUUUGCGGAUGUGUUAAAGGUACGAGACAGUGACGACGAAACUGCUGUCUUGUGAUGAAAUGCUUGUUAAUACAGAUCGGAAGUCUAAGCUGCUAGAUAGUGAAUUUGUUUGAAGACAGUUAACAGAAUAAAGAUUGCUAUAUAAGAGUAGAUGUGAAUCAUGAAGUGGAUGAAAUUCCCAAAGCGAUAUUUAAUUGUAAUUUUAACCUUUGUCAGCACAUGUGUAUGCUACAUUGAACGUGUGGGCUUCUCCAUAGCAUACACGGUUGCGGCUGAUGCUGCUGGGAUUAACCAAUCAAGCAAAGGCACAAUACUUUCCACAUUCUAUUACGGUUAUGCUUGUUCUCAGGUGCCUGGAGGAUGGUUGGCUCAAAAGAUAGGAGGAAGGAGGGUUCUUCUUCUCUCAUUCGUAUUAUGGUCUUCGACUUGUUUUUUGGUUCCACUAGAUCCCAAUAGAGUUACAGUCUUGGUCGUUGCUCGCUUGCUUGUAGGUGUGGCACAAGGCUUCAUCUUCCCUUCUAUCCACACUGUCCUAGCACAGUGGGUUCCACCACAUGAGAGGUCAAGAUCUGUUUCACUUACUACUUCCGGGAUGUACCUAGGUGCGGCUAUGGGAAUGCUUGUCCUUCCGAGCCUGGUGAAGUUCAGAGGUCCCCAAUCUGUAUUUCUUGCAGAAGCGGCAUUAGGUGUCAUGUGGUCUUUCCUCUGGUUUAAAUAUGCAACUGACCCCCCACGAUCAGAGCAUCAGAAAGCUACCGCUGCUAGUUUUGGAGAAUCUGUGUUACCUACCAAAGUAAGUCAGAAGAUAAAAGUGGAGAAUGGACCGGCGGCUACCGUGAGAACUUCCAAAAUCCCGUGGAAGAGGAUUUUAGUCAGUGGACCAAUUUGGGCAAUAGUGGUGAAUAAUUUCACAUUCCACUAUGCUCUCUAUGUAUUAAUGAACUGGCUUCCCACAUACUUCGAGCUGGGCCUCGAACUCAGUCUUCAGGAAAUGGGUUUUGCAAAGAUGAUGCCCUAUUUCAACAUGUUCAUAUUCUCGAAUAUCGGUGGGGUUGUUGCUGAUCACUUGAUCACCAAAAGAAUAAUGUCUGUGACUAAAACUAGGAAGUUCUUGAACACUGUAGGAUUUAUAGUCUCUUCUCUUGCACUGAUAGCACUUCCGAUCUUCAGAACAUCUGGUGGAGCCGUUUUCUGUUCUUCUGUGGCUCUUGGUUUCUUGGCACUUGGUAGGGCUGGGUUUGCUGUGAAUCAUAUGGAUAUUGCACCCAAAUACGCAGGAAUUGUAAUGGGCGUCUCUAACACAGCUGGUACUCUAGCAGGGAUCAUUGGGGUCGAUAUGACCGGAAAGCUUCUCGAAGCUGCUAAAGCUGAAUAUUCGGAUCUUUCUAGUCCAGAAAGCUGGAGGGCGGUAUUUUUCAUUCCCGGAUUGCUCUGCGUAUUUAGUUCUUUCAUAUUCUUGCUAUUCUCAACAGGGGAGAGGAUUUUCGACUGAAAUAAGCCAUGCACACUUCUACUUUUAACUUAGUAUUCCCAUCUCGUCGAUCAUUGCGAUCGGUGAGAUCCCGGGACGAAUAUAUUUAAUUUCAGAAUACCAUAGAAGGUCAAAAGCAAUCAACACUAAGCGGUAGCUACUAGCUAUUAGAGAUUCAUUUUUUUGAUUGUUAACAAUGAGCUUAGCUGGUAGAUUCUCACUUUAAACUUGAUUAUUGUUACGCAUAUGAGAACUCAAGCCUAGGCCUAGCUGGUCUUUUAAACAAUAAUUGUAAUUGUUUGCUACCACUCUUAUCAUGAAUGGAAUGGGAACAUCAUGCUUCUGAUUA